AUGUCUGGAUAUCAGGGCAAGAAGAACAUACCUCGCAUUACUAGCGAUCGUCUUCUGAUCAAAGGGGGAAAGAUCGUGAACGAUGACCAGUCGUUCUGCGCUGACAUUUACAUGGAGGAUGGAGUCAUCAAACAAAUUGGAGAAAACCUGAUUGUACCCGGUGGGGUGAAGACCAUAGACGCUCACGGACGCAUGCUGAUGCCCGGAGGGAUCGAUGUCCACACCCGCUUCCAGAUGCCCGACCGCGGCAUGACCUCCGCCGACGACUUCUACCAGGGGACCAAGGCCGCGCUGGCCGGAGGCACCACCAUGAUCAUCGAUCACGUGGUCCCGGAGCCUGGUGCUUCUCUGCUCAUGGCUUUCGAUCAGUGGAGGCAGUGGGCCGACAGUAAGUCCUGCUGCGACUACUCCCUGCACAUGGACAUCACCGAGUGGCACCGCGGGCUGCAGGACGACAUGGAGACGCUGGUCAAAGAUCACGGUGUGAACUCGUUCCUCGUGUAUCUGGUUUACAAGGAUCUCUUCCAGCUCUCAGAUUCUCAGGUGUAUGAGGUGUUCAGCGUGAUCCGGGACUUGGGGGCCAUCGCACAGGUCCAUGCAGAGAACGGGGACAUAGUUGCGGAGGAGCAGCGCAGGAUCUUGUCUCAGGGAAUCACGGGACCAGAGGGACACGUCCUGAGUCGACCAGAGGAGGUGGAGGCAGAGGCCGUCAAUCGCUCUGUGACUGUGGCCAAUCAGACAAACUGCCCACUCUACGUCACCAAGGUGAUGAGCAAGAGCGCCGCUGAUGUCAUCGCUCAGGCACGGAAGAAAGGCACCGUGGUUUUCGGAGAGCCCAUCACGGCGAGCCUGGGCACAGACGGCUCUCACUACUGGAGCAAGAACUGGGCCAAAGCAGCAUCCUUCGUCACGUCUCCACCGCUGAGCCCAGACCCCGCCACUCCGGACUACCUCAACUCCCUGCUCUCCUGUGGAGACCUGCAGGUGACGGGCAGCGCUCACUGUCCCUUCGACACGGCUCAGCGCGCCGUCGGGAAAGACGACUUCACCCUGAUCCCAGAAGGCGUCAACGGGGCCGAGGAGAGGCUGUCGGUCAUCUGGGACAAGUGUGUGGUGACCGGUAAAAUGGACGAGAACCAGUUUGUGGCUGUGACGAGCACCAACGCCGCUAAGAUUUUCAACCUUUACCCUCGAAAAGGACGCAUCGCGGUGGGUUCUGACGCAGACCUGGUUCUGUGGGACCCCGACGUCACCAAGAUCAUCUCCGCCAAGAACCACAACUCGACUGUGGAGUACAACAUCUUCGAGGGCCUGGAGGUGCGUGGGGGCCCCCUGGUGGUCAUCAGCCAGGGUAAGAUCGUGCUGGAGGAGGGAACUCUGCACGUGACCGAGGGCUGCGGGCGCUACGUCCCCCGAAAACCCUUCUCCGACUACGUCUACAAGAGGAUAAAGGCUCGCAGCAGGCUGGCCGAGCUGAGGGGAGUUCCCCGAGGUCUGUACGACGGCCCAGUGUGUGACGUGACCGUGACCCCAAAGAUCAUGACCCCAGUCUCCUCCACCAAGACCUCCCCUGCCAAACAGCCAAACCAGCCCACACGCAACCUGCACCAGUCCGGCUUCAGCCUGUCCGGGGCCCAGAUCGACGACAACAUCCCACGGCGCAACACGUCCCGCGUCUGCGCGCCUCCAGGGGGCAGGGCCAACAUCACCACGCUGGGUUAG